AAAAGAAAUAAAACUCAACGGGUGCAGGUGCAGGUGAAGGUGCAGCUACAGCUAGCUAAGAAACAGAGUGUGAAGGUUUUGCGCCGCGCCGCCGCACUCCGUCCGAAAGCGUCGUUGUUGGGAAACCCUAGAACGCAAACGACGUCGUAAAUGGAGGUGGAACCUGUGGAGCCACAGUCGCUGAAGAAGCUAAGCUUCAAGUCUCUGAAGCGCGCUCUCGAUCUCUUCUCUCCCAUUCACGGACACCUCGCUCCUCCCGAUGCCGACAGCAAGAAAAUACGCAUUAGCCACAAGGUGAGUGUGGAGUAUGGUGGAAUCAAAAGCACCGUCAAUCAGCCUCCUCGUCAAGUUAGUUCCUCCACACAGGAUAGUGCUCAACAAGCAGGGUCCUCUAACACUGUUGCUCUUCCAGCUCCUGGAGUUUCCAAAGAUCCCCAGAAAGGAAGACCACAAAAUGCCUUGGUUGUUGGUCCAACUAUGCCAUCCACAACUCCGAAUGAUAUUGGCUUUCAGAGCAAAAGUACAGCAAUUGUUUCUGCAUCUGGUUCAUCUGAAAGAAAUUUAUCAACAUCUGCUUUGAUGGAAAGAAUGCCAAGCAAAUGGCCCCGUCCUGUAUGGCAUGCACCAUGGAAGAACUACCGGGUCAUCAGUGGUCACUUAGGAUGGGUGAGAUCUGUUGCAGUUGAUCCCAGUAACACAUGGUUUUGUACUGGUUCUGCAGAUCGAACUAUCAAGAUAUGGGACUUGGCAAGUGGAGUAUUAAAGCUCACACUAACCGGCCACAUUGAACAAAUAAGAGGCCUUGCUAUUAGCAACAAACACACUUACAUGUUCUCUUGUGGUGAUGAUAAGCAAGUUAAGUGCUGGGAUCUUGAACAGAAUAAGGUUAUUAGGUCUUAUCAUGGUCAUCUGAGUGGUGUUUAUUGCUUGGCUCUUCAUCCCACGAUUGACAUUUUACUAACCGGAGGACGUGAUUCUGUCUGCCGGGUUUGGGAUAUACGUAGUAAAAUGCAAAUUCAUGCCCUUUCAGGUCAUGAUAACACUGUCUGCUCUGUGUUUACACGGCCAACGGAUCCCCAAGUUGUUACUGGUUCUCAUGACACUACCAUCAAGAUGUGGGACCUUAGAUAUGGUAAAACAAUGUUAACCCUUACAAAUCAUAAAAAAUCUGUUCGAGCAAUGGCUCCACAUCCCAAAGAACAAUCUUUUGCAUCUGCAUCAGCUGACAAUAUUAAGAAGUUCAACCUUCCAAAAGGAGAAUUCGUGCACAAUAUGCUCUCUCAACAGAAAACCAUCAUCAAUGCAAUGGCUGUCAAUGAGGAGGGUGUGAUGGUCACUGGAGGUGACAAUGGCAGUAUGUGGUUCUGGGAUUGGAAGAGUGGUCACAAUUUCCAGCAAUCCCAAACAAUUGUACAGCCUGGUUCAUUGGAUAGUGAAGCUGGCAUUUAUGCUUUGACCUAUGAUGUUACUGGUUCAAGGCUAAUAUCAUGUGAAGCUGACAAGACGAUAAAAAUGUGGAAAGAAGAUGAGACUGCAACUCCAGAAACCCAUCCUCUUAACUUCAGGCCUCCUAAAGACAUCCGUCGAUUCUAGACAUACACAAGAUUGGAGGUCUUGGUGUAAAUUUACUUGAUGGGUGAUUCAGUGUUCUCCUUUAACAGGCUUUAGUCGUCAUUUUUGUAUCAAUGGAUUGCUUGUAAGAUUAUUCCUACAUAGAUCCUUGUGUAUUUCUAUAGCUUUGCAAUUCAGUUGUGUCCACACACCUGAAAACAGGCGGGUGCCUCCUUGUAGAAUUCAGUAGACUCGUGCAUGUUAUCUGUUAGACGUUAAAUGAGAGUUUCUCAAAAAGUUAAAAAGUAUAUAAAUUAGUUU